AUGAACCUUCAACCAUUUCGAAUCGUGCAGCCGCUCUCCCGCGUCCUUCAUCGCACCAUGCAUCAACUGCUGUGUGAGCCGCAGCAGACCUUGCCGCCCGCCGUGACCGACGCGCUUAUCACGUACUCCCUCUACGAGCAGGUGCCACACGCGGAGCUGCUGAAGACCCUCCUGAAUGGGUUGAAGCGGGCCCAGCAUGGGGAUGCCGUGCUGAGCAGCGACAAUCUUUUUCUGCCCUUGAAAGCGGUGCGGCGCGCACUCGCCGGUGUGCAGCAGUUCCCCCUCACCACCGUUGAGCUGACAACGUUAAAGCGUGACGUGGAGGUGGGUGUGGUGCGCGACAUCACGCGGCUGUCCACAGACGACCUCUCCUCUACCGAUGUGGGGCUGCUCUGGGGAUGCGCCACGCAGUGUUCCCAGUGGGACUGCGUGGAGGAGCUUCUCCGGCACUUCCCGCUGUCGCGCACGCUCAACUUGCAGAGCGCGAGCGAGUACCGGGACCUGCUGAUCGGAGUGUGCACGCCGCAGUUUGUGUCGCAGGCCCAUCUGUGCAGCAAUGAUGGCGAAGACGGGAGCGCUGCGGCGCCUGCGGAGAAGGGCAGUGCGGCCCCUACUGUACGCCAUGCUGAGGCGUUCAUACAGCACAUUCUCGGUCUUGAGACGGUAUGGCAGCGAUGUCGCGAGGCCCUGGAGGCAAGCUCGCUGCCGCUCCUCAUGAGUGGCGGCUCGUUGGCAGACUCGGCUGCGCUGGAAGAGCGAGACAUGCACGCCAUCGCGUGCGUCAUGUGCGCUGCCACGCUCGAGAUGCAGUGUGACAUGCCGGCUGACUCGGCCCUCGCCUUUCCGUUCUCCGUGGCUGAGUGGGCGCAGUAUGUCGGUGGUGGGGACAGCAGUGCAACUGGCAGUAGCGGUACUCAGUGCGUGCGGCCGAACACGAUUGGGGGGCUGUCGCUUCCUGUGUGGUACCGCCGGAUGGUCGCCCUGCAUCAGCGCUCCGUCCCAGACUUUGUGCGCGCCUCCUUCGCGACUGCCGUGGCGAACGACCUGCUGCGGCUGUACCAGCGCAUCGAUACGGAGUCGUUGGAGACCUUCUUCUUGACGUUCCUGCCGCUGGUGAUCGCCGCGGCGCCGCGUAUGGACUGCAGGGCAGCUUUGCGCGAUUAUCACAACGACGUAAUGUCGAAACUCUUCUGGACGAUGCCCUCUGCCUCCUCUGCCGCCAGCGGUGGCGACGAUCGCGCUGCGGCAACGGGGCGGCGCGACAAGUGGAUGGCCAACGAUGCCUCAGCUUUGGCGACACCAGCGCCUGAGACGACGGCCGCUUCCUUUGCGCUCUCUGCUGAUAUGGCCAUGCGAGUGAUGUUGGCGGAGGUUUGCAUCCAGGAAAAGGGGAAGCCGCUGCCGGAGGCCCACGUGCCGGCAAUGGAGUCGAUGCUGCGCACCGUGGUGAACCAUCUCCGCCGUCACCUACGGUGCGAGCCGCGGUCUCGGGUGGUGCCGCAGUGUAGCGUCACUGCCUCCAGACCUCCAGCGUCGCUGUGGAAAGCAUGGAAUUCGCACCGCACCUCGCUGCUGGCGAUUGUGCUCAGCGAGGUGCAGGAACGCAUGUCCGGCAGUGCUGGGCAGGGGUCGGCGUCGACAGUCAUGGACCUCGCUGGGCAAGGCCUCCAGCUGCUCCGCCCGCUCAUAUCAAUGGAGGUAAUAGACGAACGCGGAACGGCGCGGAUGGUGACUAACCUCCUGUCUUUUGGCAAAGGUGCGGCGCUCGAGAUCGGUGGUGCCGCGUACGAGGCAGAGCUGCAGUCGUUUGCGCUGAAGCACGUGCAAGACGGCUUUGCGCGCACCGACGUGGCGACCAUGGUGCAAGCCAUGGAGAAGCACAUGAGCCACGGCCCCAACAACGGCGGUGCUGGGGGAGAUGCAAAGAUGCUGUGCGCCUUGGAGGGACUAAAGGCGGCUGAGCUGAUGUUACCGUUGCGAUCGUGGUCAUAG